UUUGGGGGUAUAAAAGCGCGCCACUGACCACAGACAGCAUCCAGUCAAAGGUUUGGAAUCGCUAGUGAUUCUACAAUCCUUCCACAGUCUAUUUCGCUGUUACUGAGUUGCUUCCUUGGCAAGUCCCAACAGAAUCCACAAUGAAAGUAUUCAUCUGCUUAGCCGCUCUGCUGGUGGCCUCGGCCUGCGCCAGCAAAACUGAGGAGAAGGUGCCUCUGGAGAAGAAGCUGGACAAGCGCGGCCUGCUCGAUUUGGGGUAUGGCUACGGACACGCUGGUCUGGACACCGGUUACCUGGGACAUGGUUCCAUCUCCGGACACGGAAGCUACGGACACGGCUAUGGACUGACCGGACACUCUGCUCCCGCUGCUAUCGCUGUGGGCCACAGUGGUCCCGCAAUUGCCGUUGGACACACCGCUCCCGCCGUGGCUGUCCACCACGCUCCUGCCCCCUAUGUGAUCAGCAAGCAAGCCGAUGUCCACAAGACCAUCACCAUCACCAAGGGAAUCCCCGUGCCCGUGCAUGUUGACCGCCCAUACCCUGUGGUCCAUGAGAAGCGUGUGCCCGUUGAGGUUAAGGUGCCCGUGCCCCAGCCCUACGAAGUCAUCCGUAAGGUGCCCGUGACCGUUAAGGAGUACGUCAAGGUGCCAGUCCCAGUUCCCCAGCCUUACGAAGUGAUCCGCCACGAGAAGGUGCCAAUCCAUGUGCCCGUCGACCGUCCAGUGCCCGUUGAGGUGCCCAGGCCAUACCCCGUGCCUGUGGCCAAGCCCUACCCCGUGUAUGUAGAGAAGGCCGUCAAUGUCCAGGUGCCCGUGCAUGUGGAUAAACCAUACCCCGUCUACGUAAAGGUGCCCGUGGUUUCGCACUCCGUUGUGAAGCACGCCCCCACCGUCGCCGUAAGCAGCUAUCCCAUCAGCGCCAUUGGUCACAGUGCCAUUGGACACGACUCCACCGUCUUCGCUGACCACCAUGGUUACCACAAGUAAGCGGACGGACUGGAAGUAGGCGAUUCCAUUGGAGCGAGCGGACUUUCUGGAAAUGAGCCGAAGGAAAUCUAGCAACAUUUUCAAAUAUCUUCCCAACUCUACUCCACCUCUCAGCCUUCCUUUCCCAUCCAACAAGCGAAAACAAAAAACAAAAACAAAAAAACUAAAAGCACCCCGGGAAGUCCAACUUCCGACCUGCCACUCUCUGUAGCUGUUAAGAACCCCCCAAGAUGAAACAAGCAAUGCCUUUUGUAAAUUAUUUCCAAUCCAGCCAACCAAUGGAAGCCAUUGUGCUGGGCCAAAAUGCUCCAGGUUUUAGGAUAAAUACCAGCUAACUGUUUGUAAAUUUCACCAUUUAUGGACCGUUUAGCUGGCCAUGUUUAUCAGUGAAAGGUUUCGGCGCACAAUGAAUUGAAUGGAUAACAACAGAAAUAUCUAUGUGAAAAUCUAUUAAGGACAAAUAAAAUAAAAAUACAUAAAAUAAA